AGCAGUUUAAACCAACAUGGCCGCCUCCAAAGUGACGGAAAAGCCAAGCGCGGCGUCAGUUUAUCCAAUUUCUUAUAGAAUUUCGAAUUCAAGUAGUGAAACUCACCGAAGCUAAUGUUACAACGCCCCCCAGCACCCGGCUUCAUGCUCCUGGAAGGACCUUGAUGUGUUGGUGUGCACAGUGAGGCAAGAAGUUGCCACACUACAUGGAAGCAUGGAUGAGUGACAAGCCACAGUGCAUCAACGAGAGGCCAGCAAAAGUGAACCUUUACAGGCUAAUGUUCUGGGAUGCUGCUAUCUAGAACAAGCCAGGCGAAGCUGGUGACAGCGUGUGCUCGAGGUGCGCGUAGCGCGUGGCUUGGCUCCUAGGCUAGAACGCCGUUUGGAAUAAACCUGUGUCCACGUAACUCAGCCUCCUGCCUUCUCGCUCGUCCCUGACGACUUCAACAUGGUGUCAGAAGAACAGGUGCUACCAGUGGACAUCGGCUUCUAGUCAUCAUCCUUGCGAAGGACGCCGCAAGCAAGAAAGCAUCGGUCAUGGCGUCAUUCGUUAUUCAACCGCCGGACGCCUUCAACUUUUCGUCGCCGAACGAUUGGCCGAAGUGGAAACAGCGUUUUGAACGUUUCCGAACCUCUUCAGGCUUGUCCGUGAAGCCCGAGCAACAUCAAGUAGACGCCCUACUCUACAUCAUGGGUGAGCAAGCCGAGGAAAUCUACGCCACCUUCGCUUUAUCUGAAGAAAACUCCAAGAAAUUCGACGCCGUCGUGGAGCAGUUCGACAAGUAUUUUAUUCCGCAACGCAACGUAAUCUUCGAACGAGCUAGAUUCAACACCAGACUGCAACAAGAUGGUGAGUCGGCCGAAGAUUUCGUCACUGCGCUUCACACGCUUUCGAAAGAUUGCGAGUUCGGCGCUCUUCGAGAGGAGUUCGUGCGCGACCGCCUCGUGGUUGGGAUAAAAGACAAGCAGCUAUCCGCCAGGUUACAGCUCGACGCAGAGCUCACACUACAAAAGGCUCUCGAUUCCGUCCGCCAGAUCGAGAGUGUCCGUCAGCAACAAGCAGAGCUCCACCAGGAACUGCCAUCUUUGAACAAAGUUGCAUCCGGUGCGCAGACCAGUCGACGUGCUUCAAUGCAAGACAAAAGCGGCAGUUAUCUACGCGGGGCAAGCAAGCCAUCUUCACCCUCCGGUAAAAGCAGAGAGCAGAAACCGUGCCGUUGGUGUGGUCAAGAGCGUCACUCUCGCACUCUCUGCCCAGCACGCUCGGAAGUCUGCAGGAGUUGCCGGAAGAAAGGUCACUAUGCCUCCGUAUGCAUGUCGCGACGCCUCGAUUGUGUCGAAACCGAGCACGGAACUUUAGAAGCAGGAUUUCUUGGAGCAGUCAAGACGACGUAUGCUGGAAACUGGGAAGCAACAGUCUUGGUUCAAGGCCAGCCAGUAGACUUCAAAAUUGACACUGGUGCCGACGAAACCGUCCUCCCGACGCACGUAUUCCAGACACUCAAGGACAGGCCGCUUCUAUCAGCUCCUCCUCGUCAGCUGCAUGGCCCAGAUGGAAAGCUUCUUCCAGCAGCAGGAGUGGCACAACUCCAGCUCAUCUACCGCAACCACGCGACUACACAGGAGAUAUACGUCCUAGAUCAGAUCUGCACUCCGUUGCUAGGCAAGCCAGCCAUCAAAAAGCUACAGAUGCUGACCUUCGUAAACGCCGUUGCCGACAAAGUGAACCCGAAAGAAGAAUUUCCAGCAGUGUUCCAAGGACUCGGCAAGCUGCUCAAAGAACACAGGACUCAGCUUCAACCAGGAGCAAAAGCUUUCGCACUCAGCUCCCUGAGGCGCAUCCCAAUUCCAUUGUACGAUAAGACAAAGUUGGAACUUCAAAGGAUGCAGAAACUCGGUGUCAUAUCACCUGUUGAUGAGCCGACCGAGUGGUGUGCACCAAUGGUAGUCUUCCCAAAGCCCUCCGGAGACAUGAGAAUAUGCGUCGACUUUACAGAGCUGAACCGCUACGUUCUCAGAGAAUGGCAUCCUAUUCCUUCCGUGGAGCACACUCUCGGACUUCUUCAUGGAGCUAAGGUAUUUUCCAAACUCGAUGCCAACUCUGGAUUUUGGCAAAUUCCACUUUGUGAAGAAUCAAGGAAACUCACCACCUUCAUCUCACCUUUUGGGCGCUUCUACUUCAACCGACUACCAUUUGGCAUAACGUCAGCUCCUGAACACUUCCAGAAGCAGAUGGCGUACAUUUUACAAGGCAUCAGUCGAGUUGUCUGUCACAUGGACGACAUCCUCAUCUGGGGUUCCAACAGCCAUGAGCACAAUGAGACACUCCGAAACGUGCUGCAGGCACUUGCAAAGGCUGGAGUGACACUGAACGACAGCAAGUGCGUGUUUAAUGUUCAACGCCUUACAUUCCUUGGACACUGGCUCGAUGAAGACGGAAUAAGACCCGACGAAAAGAAGGUUGAAGCCAUACUGAAAAUGGAGAGUCCCAAAAACAGGACCGAGCUGCAGAGAGUUCUCGGAAUGGAAACAUACCUUGCGAGAUUCGUUCCCAAUAUCUCUGAUAUUCUGCAGCCACUCACACUCCUGUUGUCAAAAAAGCAAGAAUUUGCUUGGGGUGCUCCACAAGAGCAGGCAUUCAACAGGUGGAAGUCGGUGCUCUCAUCUCGUCCUGUCCUUGGAGUCUACGACCCAUCAAAAGAAACAGUCGUCACCGCCGACGCAUCAUCCUUCGGACUGGGAGCAUUAAUCCGGCAGAAGCAAACGAAUGGCAAGUUUUCUGUCAUCGCAUAUGCCUCGAGGUUGCUCUCAGAAACCGAGAAGCGCUACGCUCAGAUUGAAAAAGAGGCUCUUGCUUUAGUCUGGGCAUGCGAUAAAUUCAGCGAUUACCUUGUUGGCAAGCUGUUCAAGCUAGAGACGGAUCACAAGCCGUUGGUUCCAAUCUUCACUUCGAAGAGUCUUGACGACUUGACGCCUAGAUUACAGCGGCUAAAGAUGAGAAUGAUGCGAUAUCGAUAUGAGGUUGCAUACGUUCCAGGCAAAGAACUUCUAACCGCAGAUGCACUUUCGAGAGCGCCUCUGCGAGAGACGGGAGACAGCGGGCUCGAAGAAAGCGUUGAAGCUUUCCUGUGCUCUAUGACAACCUCUAUUCCGAUAAAGCAACAUUGCUUACAAUGGUUAAAGGUGUCCCAACAAGCAGACCCUAUUUGCACACAACUUCGUCUGCUGUGCGAGAAAAAAUGGCCCUCCAGGAGAGACUUAGGACUUAACCUAAAACCCUUCUACGACCACCGACACCAGCUCACUGUCGAGGAUGAUUUACUCCUCUACGCCUCGCGAGUUGUCGUCCCCGACUCAUGCCGAAAAGAAAUCCUACGACUCUUGCACGAAGGACACUUUGGCAUAACAAAGACAUUUGCUCGAGCCAGAGACUGUGUCUGGUGGAAGAGUCAACAGGAAAAUGCCACUAAUAAGCUCCGAAUUCCCUGAGA